UAUGUCAGUGUCGGAGCCGCCGGUGCAGCGCCGCGCUCCUCCUGCUGCUGCUCUCCUCACUUUCCUCAUGCCUCGACCGGGACUACAUUAUUUCACUGGGGUCUCCGCCAACACGUCCAGCUGAGCGGUGGUCGGUGGGCAAACCCUCCUCACAGGCAGAGGGGCAGCAAGAGGGCGAAAGAGAGGUCCUUCCCCUCCCUCGGCUCCCUUUCCUGAGGAGACUGCUGCCGUUGUCGCUCCGCGUCCAGGCCGCCCUCCCCCCUCCGACUUCACAGGGCAGCCACGGACGGCUUGGCUCGUUUCCAUAGAGGCUCUGAUCCUGCAGCCACGUCAAUCACGUCUUCACCGCUGGCGCACGUCUAAUACAUCUUUGCAUUCUCUGCCAGCACUGGGUAAAUACAGACAGCUCACCUGUGGUAGCGGCACAGCAAGCGUGCUGUUUAAGCUGCGCGGCGGCCCUCGUGGCCGGGAUGCCAGUGUGUGCCGUGCCAGUCCACUGUGGACGGUGAGGGGCCAGAGGAGGCGACCGAGUGCCGGAGACUGAGAGGAAGCAGUUCCCACCAAACAGGAGAGAUGAACCUCUGCUGGAAUGAGAUCAAACGCAAGUCCCACAACAUUCGGGCACGGCUCGAAGCUUUCUCCGACAACAGCGGGAAGCUGCAGCUCUCUCUGCAGGAGAUCAUAGAAUGGCUGACAGCCAAGGACGAGGAGCUAUCGGAGCAGCUGCCCAUAGGAGGCGACGUUGGGGCCGUCCAGCACCAGAGAGAGUUCCACCAGGCGUUUAUGGAGGAUGUCAAGUCUCGCGGGCCCUUCAUCUACUCGGUUUUGGAGUCAGCCCAGGCCUUUCUGGCUCAGCACCCCUUCCAGGAGCCAGAGGAGACCCUGACCGAUGGAAAAGAGGUGUCUCCACGGCGACGAAUUUUGAACGUGAGCCGAUCUGUGUGGAAGCAGGCGAACGUGGCGAGUGACCUGUGGGAAAAACUGACCGCUCGCUGCGUGGACCGCCACAGGCACAUGGAGAGGACACUGGAGCGCCUUUUGCAGAUCCAGGCAGCCAUGGAGGAGCUGGCAGGGGCCCUGGAGCAGGCAGAGGGCGUAAGGGACGCCUGGGAGCCUGUUGGCGACCUCUUCAUCGACUCACUGCAGGACCACAUUGACGCCACCAAGUUGUUCAAGGAGGAACUCUCGCAGGUGAAAGAGGGCAUGAAGCAGGUCAAUGAGUUGGCCCACCAGCUGGCAAUCUCUGAUGUCCAUUUGUCGAUGGAGAACGCCCGGGCCCUGGAGCAUCUCAACAGCAGAUGGAAAGUGCUUCAGGGCUCCAUUGAGGAGCGGCUGAAGCAGCUCCAGGAUGCACACAGAGACUUUGGCCCUGGAUCGCAACACUUCCUCUCCAGUUCGGUCCAGGUACCAUGGGAGCGUGCCAUCUCCCCAAACAAAGUGCCCUAUUACAUUAACCAUCAGGCCCAGACAACAUGCUGGGACCAUCCAAAGAUGACAGAGCUGUACCAGGCGCUGGCGGAUCUGAACAACAUCAAGUUCUCUGCAUACAGAACAGCUAUGAAGCUUCGACGGGUUCAGAAGGCUCUGAGAUUGGACCUGGUGGCGCUGAGCAGCCUGGUGGACGUGUUUCGGGAGCAGGAGCUGCAGCAGGGGGAGCAUGUGAUGGAUGUAGUGGAGGUGAUUCACGGCCUGACGGCCAUGUACGAGAGGCUGGAGGAGCAGAGGUCCAUUCUGGUCAACAUCCCUCUCUGCGUUGACAUGUGCCUCAACUGGCUGCUCAAUGUUUAUGACAGUGCACGAAACGGCAAAAUGCGAGUUCUCAGCUUCAAAAUGGGACUGGUGAGCUUGUGCAUCGCAGAUGUCCAGGAGAAGUACAAAUACUUGUUCCGUCAGGUGUCCGGUCCUGGAGGCUUGACAGACCAGCGUCACCUCAGCCUGCUGCUGCAUGAAGCCAUCCAGAUCCCCCGCCAGCUGGGCGAAGUCGCAGCUUUCGGCGGCAGCAACACGGAGCCAAGCGUCCGGAGCUGCUUCCGCAUGGCCCCUGGGAAGCCUGCCAUUGAGGUGUCUCAUUUCCUGGAAUGGAUGAGCCUCGAGCCCCAGUCGAUGGUUUGGCUGCCCGUCCUGCACCGCGUAGCUGCUGCAGAGUCCACCAAGCAUCAGGCCAAAUGCUACGUCUGCAAACAAUGCCCCAUUAAGGGUUUCAGGUAUCGCAGUUUGAAGCAGUUCAAUGUGGACAUCUGCCAGACAUGUUUUCUAACCGGCCGCACAAGCAAGGGCAAGAAGCUGCACUACCCCAUCAUGGAGUACUACACCCCAACAACCUCGGGAGAGAAGAUGAGGGACUUCGCUAAGACUCUGAAGAACAAGUUCAGGUCAAAGCAGUACUUUACAAAGCACCCGCAGAGAGGUUACCUGCCUGUGCAGUCUGUACUGGAAGCUGAAAGCUCAGAGACCCCUUGCUCCUCACCCAGGCUGCCCCAUGCAGACACACACAGCAGGAUUGAACACUACGCCAGCAGAUUGGCAGAAAUGGAAAACCAGAAUUGCUCAUUCUUCACGGAUAGCCUGUCUCCAGACGAGAGCCUGGAUGAAGAUCAGUACCUCCUGCGUCACUCCAGCCCAGCCCUGGACCACGAUUCACCCUGCGGGCAGCACAUGCUACUGGCUCACCUGGAGCAUCAGGACAAGGAGCAGCUCCAAUGCACCCUGGCCCGCCUGGAGAACGAGAACAGGGUGCUGCAGAGCGAGUACAGGCGACUCAAGUGGAAACACGAAGAAGCAGCGGCGCUUCCCAUGCUGACCGAGGCCGGUGAGGGCGGCCCCGGGUCACCCACAGCGGGAGGGGCGCAGGAUGAAGAGCUGCUGGCGGAGGCGCGGGUGCUGCGGCAGCACAAAACGCGCCUGGAGACCCGGAUGCAGAUCCUGGAGGACCACAACAAACAGCUGGAGUCGCAGCUGCGCCGACUCAGGGAGCUUCUGCUACAGCCCAAAGAUGAUUCGGAGGCGAACGGAUCCGAGCUGUCGACGCUCUCCUCUCCGGUGUCGGGAGGCGGGCGCCAAGGGGAGCCGCCCAGCAGGGAGACGACCGACACCGAGGCAGCAGGAGAUGAUUUGGAGCGCGAGCAGGACACCGUGCUGCAGCUUCAGGAGGUCAUCGAACAGCUGAGAAACGUCUUCCCCUCCGAGCCGGGCACCACAUCACACAUCUAACCCUGUGAGGGGCCUACAGUAACAGAACGGCAGCCUGAAACGAGGCACGAGGUCAGGCGGCGACACGUCAGACCCUGCGACUGCCACGGCGCCGCCGCCAUUAAGAACUAACCCUCAUCCGGAUCGCUGUGCACUAAAAGCCUUUCUCAUGCAAACUGCCAGAGGCUCACGCUGACGCCCUUUUUGGCCAGGCUGCGCUUCAUAAGCUCAGUGACAGCAUGCUAAGGAGCCAAGAGGAAUAUAUUGUUAGCAGAAGGUCAGAGGGUAAAAAAACCAACAAAAAAAACGAAACGCCCAACCAAGACACUGUGCUUACCAGUAUUUGUGUAGUCGUUCAGAGGUGUGAAGCUUUAUAUCAGAUCAGAGCACAAAGUCCAGAAGUACUGGAAAAAUACAAAACUGGAGGGGAAGGGGGUCACUUGUGUACGACUUUGUUUUAGGGCCAUUAUAGAGAGAAGAAAAUGAGUAAAUUUCAGAGAAAAAAAUUCUAAGAUUAAUCUCAGAAAUUUUCAACUUCUCAAACUCAGAAAUUUCAAAUUUACUUUGAGAAAAUUUCAGCGAUUACUCUCAGAAUUGCUGAGUUUUUUCUAGGAAAUCUUUGACUUUUCAAAAUAAAAAAUCUCCAAUUUUUUUCUAGAAAAUUUCUGAUUAGUCUCAGAUUUUCUGAGGUUUUUCUCAGAAAUGUACUCCUCCUUUUUCUCUCUCCAUCAUGGCUCUAACACGCCAUCGUACCUGCGUGUUUUUUACGUUUGAAUGUGUUAUCAUGGUUUAUUUUUCAGAUUUUGGUAAUUGCAUCAGGGCUGCUGACUGAUUUCAUAUCACUAGGAGAUGCAAAUUGGAGCUGGCAGCCCCAGAAGAGCCGGUUUUUUUUGUUUGAGUUUUUUUUGUGAGAAUGGUGCAUUUUCAUAAGUUAAAUCCAUGAUUUAUUAAAGACUGCCCAAAGUGCCCGCCAGCACAGCGCCUCUGUUUGCACACGCUGAAUAUCGCUCCUCACUCUGCUUGCCGCUCUCAUCUCCUGCCUCUCCUAAGUGAGUCCUUCACACGUCUGCUGCUAUACAUACACAUUCAGAUUCAACCUGCUCUCUGCUUAAAUACACAAGGAGCCUCUGCAUGAUCAAUAACGCGCUGUGCAGAAACACGCGCACUUUCAUAAACCUGGAGAUCGAUUUAUUUCCCCCCCCAAAUCAUUCAGGCAAAUUAGGUGUUUUGAGCCCAUUUUGUAUUGUUCCUGGAACGCUGCCCUGUUGAGGAAAUGUAUGCCGAUCAGUAACAGCAUGCAUGCCUCCUCCCCGGGAUCUUAUUGUUUUCAUGCUGUGUGAAGAGAAACUGACAGAAGGAGCUGAAGGCUGAAGCCCUCCCUCUCUCUACUUGGCCAAUUUCAAACACAACAGGGGUCCAGACGAGGCUCACCGCCAUGAUGCACUCUGGCAGCAUCAUUAUCCACAAUGAUCUUUUCAUUCUAUGUAGUUUUAAAAUACUGAUAGCUCUGGAUUGUGCAUUUAUUAUUCCACUUUGAUAGAAAGUAUUUCCAUAUAGAAAAGGUUGAGUGAUCGGGAGAGAUGACUUUAUUAUUUAUAAGCCUUAUAAGAGUAUUUAUACCCCUUCAACUUAUUCAUAUUGGCAACAUUGCAACAGACAAAAAGUGGCUUAUUGGGAAUUUUGGGAAAUUGGGAAACAGAAAAUAUUGGGAAACAGAAAAUAGUGCAUAAUUAUGAAGAAGAAGGAAAUAAGUUGGGUUUUUUUCUAUUAUAAAUGAAAAUUGUCACGUGCACAGAUUAAAAUCACCCCUUUUAAAUCCAUAAUUAUACGUAUUUUUUGUUAUGUUUGAGUUGUUUGCAGACUUCUUCAUUCUUUGUUGUGUGACUUGAGGCAUUUGAGGCUACCGCUAACUAGAUGCUAAUAUACUCUUGCUAGCUAGCUUUUUGUAACGUCGGUCAUGGGAAAGUGUAAAUUUAUCACAAGUUUACUGGACGACGUUCAUCUUCGCCACCGACUCACGUGUUCAAUCAAGCCCAAAAGAAACUGAAAAUUAAAAAACUUUCUUUUAGUACAGCAAACAUGCAAAAUCUGUAUUAGGGCCAUU